UAUUCAGAGCAUAUACACACACACACACACACACACCCUGUAGCUCAUUAUCCAAUUACAGGUCCAGGAAAAAAAAAAUCACAGGUCCAGAUUCCAGCUUCAUGCCUAUCUGGAUGCCAAUUUUGUAGGAGAUUCUGGGGAGAAUUUGGAUGGAUAAAUAAGAAAGCAAGGGCAAGGGCCUGCUGUUGUUUGAGGAGAAUGAAUGUUCAGUUGGAAGGUUUCACAGUUGGUUUUCAUCCACAGUCAUGGGAAAUUGUUUACAAUGGCAUGACUCAAAUGGGCUAUGAAGCAGCUCACAAGGAAUUCAGCCUCAACACCGCACAAACUCAUGUAGCGCUUUAUAUGACUGCGAUUGCUUCGGUUUCGGGUUCUGUGCAGAAACCAUUAGUAAAGGUUUCUCCGGAGCAAGGGUUGAAGGUCAGAUUAUCCGGUUCAGCAGCAACUGGUGGAUCACCAACAACUUUGUCACCAACAGUAUUACUGAUCGACUGGAUAUGUAUAAUGAUUUGACUUGCUCCACUUAUAAGACUGUUUAGGGAGAUAUUUCUUGUUUCGCUAUUAUAUUAUCUUUUGGCUCAACCGUUUGUUCCUCUAAAUUGCUGAUUGUAUUUUCAAGUGAUAUUGCUCAUGAUAACUCCAAUGAAGUUGAGGUCACCGUUCCUAUAAAAGACUAUGACCCCAUUUAGUUCACCCUCACAAAGAUGUGUGGUAACUGCGC